AUUUCCGGCAACGAAUGAGAAAGGAAAAAAUCUCUGAAAAUGGAUAGAUUAUUACGUUUGAGCGGUGGUAUGCCAGGUUUAGGCCAGGGUGCUCCACCAACAGAUGCUCCUACAGUUGAUACAGCAGAACAAGUCUACAUAUCAUCCCUCGCCUUGUUGAAGAUGCUCAAACAUGGCCGAGCCGGUGUGCCUAUGGAAGUCAUGGGUCUGAUGUUGGGCGAAUUUGUCGAUGAUUACACUGUUCGGGUAAUUGACGUGUUUGCUAUGCCGCAGUCGGGAACAGGAGUAAGUGUGGAAGCUGUGGAUCCAGUAUUCCAAGCAAAGAUGUUGGACAUGCUGAAACAGACUGGCAGACCAGAAAUGGUGGUGGGUUGGUACCACUCUCACCCCGGCUUUGGAUGUUGGCUAUCUGGGGUGGAUAUUAACACCCAACAAAGCUUUGAGGCGUUGUCAGAGAGGGCUGUUGCUGUUGUCGUUGACCCAAUCCAGAGUGUCAAAGGAAAAGUUGUCAUUGAUGCGUUUCGUCUCAUAAAUCCAAACAUGAUGGUUCUGGGACAGGAACCAAGACAGACAACGUCAAACCUUGGACAUCUGCAGAAACCGUCCAUACAGGCCUUAAUUCAUGGAUUAAAUAGACAUUACUACUCCAUCGCAAUCAAUUACCGAAAAAACGAACUGGAACAGAAGAUGCUGUUGAAUCUCCAUAAGAAGAGCUGGGUGGACGGAUUAACAUUGGACGAUUACAAUACACAUUGUACCAACAAUGAAAAUACAGUGAAAGAAAUGCUUGAACUAGCCAAGAACUACCACAAGGCUUUGGAAGAAGAGGAAACCAUGACAAAGGAACAGUUAGCUAUAAAAAAUGUCGGGAAAAUGGAUCCGAAACGUCAUCUUGAGGAACAUGUGGAUGUACUAAUGACCACAAAUAUUGUUCAGUGCUUGGGUGCAAUGCUGCAUACCGUUGUUUUCAAGUGACCCCUUUAGGAAUUAUUAUUCAUGAAUCUUAGUGAAUCUGGAUUACAUGUGAACUUAAUUAUUAGAUUUUUUUUCACAUGACAACUUAAAAUGUAUACAUGUAUGUAAAUAAAUAUGAAUUCAUUACGUCAAAAGGAUAUAGUCAUGCUGUAUU